UGUGACUUUGUCUGUAUAUGAUCAAGUCAUGUGGUCCUCUCUUUUAAAUAUCACUGAGAAGAAGUUACUACUUAAUCAGUGAUAGAGAUGGUUCUUUAGGUUCACAUCUUCAAGUCCCUACAUAAUCUAUAGAGAGAUUUGGCUUGUGAUGAUGUCCUUGAGACAAAUAGCCCCAAUGAAGUUAUCAUGUAGGACAUCAUAUCGUAAAUAUUGAAAUAACACUUUCUAUAAAGUAUAAACAUAAGAGAUGGAAUGUUGUUAAAAUUUAUCAUAUCGUAAAUGUUGUUAAAUUUCCGAUUUGGAAGCUUUAUAUUCUCACAGAUUUGAUUCUCUUUUUUUUUUUUAACUUCUUUCGCGGAAGAUUGAACACCACAAUUAAUAAUACACAUUCGCAAUUAUAUAGGCCCAAACAAAUUUUAAAUAGAAGUCCAAGCGCAUACAUUAAACGACUUAAUUCCCUCUAAUUUGCACUGUUUUGUAUUUGCUUACGUCUUUGUAAUGGUUUCUUUGUCCCCAUUAAGUAAAUUAUGAUCCUUCUUUUUCGCCCUUUUGUUAGUUAAGUUAGUAAACCCUUGUUUUUCAUCCUACACCGACCCCCGUAGAGACGUGGAAAUGGGAUAAACCCUCAGGUGCAGUUACCAGGUCAAACGGGGAAAGAGAGGAUUUUUACUUUCUUAUGUAUGUAUUCCAUUAUUUGAUUUAUUAUAAUGAACUCAGAGAAAUAAUUAAGCCUCACAUGCCAAAUUAAGUACCUCAAAACCCUACCUCAACUCCCAUUUAAUUAGCAUAUGUGGCUAACGAAAGCUUAGUCCUAUCUUUUGCCAUCUUGAUCCUUUUCUCUAGGUGCCACUCUGUUUCUUUUUUUUUACCCUUGAUGUUACACUUUUGAAGUUCAACUGUUGAUUGAUCAUCGUACAAGAAAAACUAGCCAGUCUGAGCUCACAAUAUUAUGUCUCUUUUGGAUCCAAGUUUGCUGCAGCCCAUCCAUGCAUGUGAUGAAAGACCCUAAAUUUCACGUCAGAUCUUGCCACCUAUAUUUUUUAUUUGACUUAGUAACAGAGCUCAUGGUUUUUCUUUCACGUGAACAUAGAACCUAGAUUCAAUCACUUCCUAUACGAAACAUACAUCGCACCUCCGAGUUUUUUUCUUCUUGUACUUGACUGGUUUUUUUCUCAGAUUCUAGAGUUUUUUUUUAUAUUUAAAAAAAAAUGAUAAUAAUAAACUUGGAGAUGAAGAGCGUUUUUUUUGAACAAAGAGCAGAGUUGUAAUAACAGGACAGAUUUUCAAGGGGUUUUCUGAUUUCUGGCCACGGAAGUAGAAAACAGAGAUACAAGAAUUUCUUAAAUUCGAGCAGACAAAUUCAGUUCUAAAUAAAUCUGUCCGUAAUAAAAAGAAAGGUGUAAAAAUGGAAAGCUGUACAAAAGAGGACAGUAUUAGGUAGGGAAGGAGGAGGAUUGGAGGAAGCAAGAGUAACAUGGGGAAGGGCUUUCAUGUGGUUGGUCGAUGAGACGAAAGAAUAACGACGCGUCUUUUUCAGUCCGUAAGGCGAUGUUGUCCCUUCAAAGAUCCGUAAUUUUCUCCCUCUUUCACUCCAAAAUUUUCCCAAACAAAUCUCGUUCGCAGAACAUGCUUCCUAGCCUCUCUCUCUCUCUCUCUGACAACGACCCCAAUCUCUCUCUCCCUCUCUCUCUCUCUUUCUCUCCAUUUGUGGUUGAUAAGAGAGAAAACAUGAUUCCAUAUUAUUCUUAUUCACCUGUUGGUUGAUGUGAUUGAUUUCGGAUGUAACCCGCAAGAAUAAUCAACUCGAGAUCAAAGUUUAACCUUUGCAGAGUUGCGUGUAUUACAAUCUGCAUUAUGGCCGACGCCGUGGAUUAGGAAGAGGAACAUCACAAGUUACAAAGAUGGGAAGCUCGAGAUUGUGAGACUUUUACAUGUUCUUUUGUCCCUAACCUUUUACGACCAGAUACAAAGAUCUAUUAAAUGCUCGCUGUCUUUAAGCAUAUAACCAUCGAACAUUGUCAAUAUAUUAUAAACAAAUACAGUUACUUGCCGACAAGAGUCAAAGGCGACUCUUUCUCAUUUUUUUUCUGUAUUUUCAUGCAUUUGUUACAAGGUGUUAUCUCAAAAAGAUAUUCUAUUAUCAAAUGGUUGUAAUUAAAUAGUUUUGUUUGCUGGUAAUACAUUUGCAUUGGUUUCUAUUGGUUACAAUAUUCGUCUUUGGACUCACAUGACAGUUGUGAAUCUGGCAAUUUGUUAGCUUUAGAGUAUGAUCAAUGGAAGGUUCUUAUGAUGAGGUUUUUAACGGAAUAUAAGAAACGUCUUUUAACUAAAAAAAACUAAGAACCGAUUUUUAAAUAAAAUAUUUAAAAAUCGGUUCUUAGCUUUUUAGUUAAAAGUUAAUAGACGGUUUCUUAUAUUCCGUUAAGAACCACAACCUAAGAACACCCAUUAAUCAUGUUUUAAAGUCCUAAGAGCAUCUCCAAUGUUAAACUUCAUUUUUUCCUUUAAAAUGUAGUAAAAGUGAAAAUGAAGUAAAAUUGCUCCAAUCCUACUCCAUAUCCCACUCCAUAAUGGAGUGAUGAACAAACAAAAAAAUAGAUUAUUCCAUUUAUGGAGUAAAUUUCAUUAUAGAGUGAGAUAUGGAGUUGGGUUGGAGCAUUUCUUACUUCAUAUUUACUUUUACUCCAUUUUAGAGGAAAAAAUGGAGUAGUGAUGGAGAUGCCCUAAGAAAUUUAAAUAAAUAAAUAUACAUAUAUAUAAUCCAUAUCUGUACUCAUCUUUUAAUCAGGGAAAUUAAUGAAAAGGUGCUUAACGGGAAUCAAACUCUCUCUGACGCGCUUACCAAGACACUCGUGCUCCGACGCCGGUAGAGCGGGAGCUCGCCGGCGUCGCCUCCGUCCCAUCUUCUUCUUCAUGGUUUCUUUUGCUCCAAGUCAAAACUCUCGUUCUGUCACUUAUUUCGCCUUUCCUCAAUCAUUUAUUCUGGAUCUUGAGAUAACAAAACUGGAGAAGACCUUUGUGGUCUCUGCUCGGGUUUUGGAGACCACCGGACCUGCAUCCUUCACCGGGGAAUCCUGGAAUUGCGGUACAAAGACCACCUCUCCCUGCCUCGACCCACAAAAGGGAUGGCUCUCUAUCUGCAACAGAUCUGCAACUCACUACGCUUGCACAAAUGGCGCCUCACAUCACCUCUUCCCCCUUUCUGAGUUCAACUUUCAGCUGCGCUCCAGAUCUGAGAGGACCUCCACGGGUUUCUCCGGAUCUGAGCUACUCUCAGAUAAAGCUCAAAGCUCAGACGUAAAGAACACCUCAAGCCACCGUAGUUCAUCAACUUCACGUUACAAACGGGAUUCCGUACCUCUCCUCGGUGGCUGCUCAAUCCCUAAACUUCCGAUCUUCACGGUCUCCUAUCCUCCAUCUUGCGCCACCGUCCUUCACCCCGCCAAUGAGGUGUGCCCUAAUUCCGCCGCACGCACGCUGCUCGUAAAGUUCAGAUCCGUUGAGGGUAAUGCUGACAUCAGCCCUUCCUUUUCAUCUAUAUGGGCCAGGCCCAUGCCAUUUGCAAAAGGUGUCAGCCCAUUCUCUAUCUCUCAAAAUAUUAAUUUUAAUGAGAAGACCAAGGACAAAGAUUUGGUUUUAUUUAAUAGUUUUUCAAUGAGUCUCGAUGGAUUCACCGAACCUUUGAUCCAAACUAUUGUGAACACGAUGUUAUAUCAUUCGAUUCAGAAGCGAUCCUUACUUUUGUGGUUGUCAAUGGAUUCACCAGUACCAUCAUCGAAGACCUUCUCCAUGAGAAGUGUCAUCUCUCCUGCUAUAAAGCAGAUGAAGUUGUCAAAAUCUCUAACCGUUUUGUUAUCUUGUGGAGCGGUUCGUACGGGGCCUGAAGAUGCAACGGAUUUCGUUUCGACGAUAUUUCGAGGUGUAGAUUGUCUAUCAACGUCACUAUUUAAUGUGACUAAGUUUUAACUUUCCGGCUUUGCCGUGAACUUUAUUUCGACGCAUUCGAGCUUUACUCAGAAUUCGCUGUCAAUUUAUCCUAGA